AUGGCCUAUUGUGGAGAAAGCUACUGCCAAGAAGUCAUCAAAAAUCGACCUGCAGGAACACCUGUUACGAAGAAUAUCAACACGACAAGGGAAGUGUACAUUCGCAUGCUGAAGGAAAAUGUUUUUCCUGCAAUCCGUAAGAAGUGGCCGGGACGAAAAACAGCACUUGUCAAGGUUUGCAGCAAGAUAACGCCGGCCGUCAUGUCGACGAAGAUCACGGAGAAAUAG